CACAUUCCUUCCUCCUUUCCUUUCACCCUUUCCGGCGGCGGCGGCCCGAUGCGACCAAAUUCCCCCCAUUCUCUCUCUCCUCCCACCUCGUCCGUCCUCGCUCGCGCGAUUCCUUUUCCUCUCUCUCGCUUGCCAAAAGCGGAGCAACCAAGGGGAGGAAGGGGGAGCGGGCGAGGGAAAGCGGGUUGGCUCCUUCCCCGUUCCGGAUUGAUCGCGAGAAAUAAAUGCGCUAUGCAAUAGAUAUCUGAAGCAAGUAAAGAUAUACCAUCUCACUCUGUUAUACAGUUUUGUUAGCACACUGAUGGCUGAGGUGUUUGCAUGACAUCCUCUUUGAGCUUAUAUGGGAGCAGUGGCUGUAUUGGUAAUUUAAACAAAUCUCAGUCACUUCAAGAUUCUAAGCUGAAAGGAUCUUUAAGAAAGAGGUCCCGGUAUUCAUCUACUGGAAGCAGAAGGCGAUGGCAAUCGGGUCAAGAUGCAAUGGAGAACAAUGUUAGCAUAUCAGUUUCUCUUGAGGGGAAUAUCUCAUCGAUUCCGAACUCAAUAGUCAACGACUCUAAAAUCUCUAUGGAAAACGGGAUAGAUACAUCAUUUAUCAACCAUGCUGCUAUAACAUGGGCUGAGAUGAGAAGGCAAUGGGUUGGACAUCAGGCAGAAGUUCCCAAAAAGGCACCUCGGGAGCCAGUAAUAAGUUGGUGCACAACAUAUGAUGAUCUCUUGUCGACAAGCGAACGUUUUCCACAGCCAAUCCCACUAUCUGAGAUGGUUGAUUUUUUGGUCGACAUAUGGCAUGAAGAAGGGCUCUAUGAUUAGCUGACCCUUGGCUUUCUUUUAACCUUACUGUUAGAAAAUUCAUCACCUUUCUCCCCACAAGAUGUAAUCUCCAUAAGAAGCUAGCAACUACGGACUUGUUGCUUAAUUAGUUCCAACAUUUGGAAUUGGAAGACUGAAUUGAAAAGGAACUGCAGUUGGGUUGGUAUAGUUUCUGAUAUUUGGACAUUAGCUGUCAGCUUUGUCGCUUCUUGCUGAAGGACACACUCGAUGGCCUGUCAAACUGAAAUGAAUGGUUGUUUAUAUGGAUAGAAAGGGGGAAGGGGCUUCUGUAAGACGAUCAUUGUGAUGUUAUUGAAGAGUCGAUGUUUUGUCAACA